GGAGCUGCACUAGCCCGGAGCCCGGAGUGGGCAACGCGGCGUGAGCAGCGGCCCCAGGCUCCCACAGCAUCGCGCCCGGAGAAGACUUCGCCGCUCGGGGCCGCAGCCUGGUGAGCUCAGCCCCCCUACAGGUCCUCCCCUGCAUCCCAGCCCGGGCCUCUUGGAGCCGCCGCUGAUCGGUGCCGACUUUCCCGGGGGACCCUAUCGCGACUCCAUCGAGCCAUAUCGCGACAUCACCGUGCCCUGUCGAGACUCCAUUUUGUUACAACCCCUUUUCAAUAUAUAUCUUUAUUUUUUUUUAAUUUGCCCUGUCAUCUUUGGGGGCUGUUCCUCUUCAUGUCGUGAUUUCGCUGUGAUCUCUCCGUGACAUCACCGCGCCAUCGUGAAGUGUGAUCUCAUCGCUGCCCUGUCGUGACUUCAUCAAUGUCGUGUUGUGACCUGGCUGCGGCGGGACAGGUGGUGACCGCCGGGACCCUCUUCCCUUUCUCAUCUCCCCAUCUCAGCAGCCCUACUUCGAUUAUCCGGCUUUUGGAUUCCCUGUUGUCCCGUGACUCUCUGACCCCUCUUGCUUCUCCAGCCCCAGCCUGUAGCGGGACGCGGUGGGCGAAGACCGGGAGGGAGCACAAGGGGUUAAUUCUGCUGCUGCUCCAGAUGCUGGUCCUCCUGCAGCCCUUGCCCAAGAGAAGGAAAGGAGAGAAAGCUAGGAGCUGGUGGGGGUAACUGAGAGCCCUGGCUGGAGGGGUGGGGUCCCCAUAGAAGUCUGCAAGCCUUCCCUUGUGAGAUUAUAUUCACUUCUGGUCAAGCUUAUCUCCUGCCUCCUCUGAAGAAGAGGGGUGAAAGGAAGCUGAAAUGAUGCCCUUUUUCUUCCUUGUCAACCUGAGUCCGGAUAAUCGAACUUCACCCAUGUAUGUCUCCAUUCCUCUCUGUCUGUCCUUACUACUCAUUCAUUCCCUGUGUGCCUCCUGGAGAGAGAAAAACUGGUUUCUGGUGCCACGGGCUGCUGAGCAGUGGAGAUAACCCCCUCCCUCCCCCAGGAGAUUGGUGAGAGCUGUCCAGCUGAGCAUCAGGAUGCAUGGUCCUCCCUUCCCACUUUCUGGAGGUGACCUUGGAGCAGGGUCCCUUCUUCAUCCCAAAGGAUUCACAGUUGGGCAAGGCGGGCAUCAUGGCCUCGGAUUGCGAGCCAGCUCUGAACCAGGCAGAGAGCCGAAACCCCACCCUGGAGCGCUACCUGGGAGCCCUCCGUGAGGCCAAGAAUGACAGCGAGCAGUUUGCAGCCCUGCUGCUAGUGACCAAGGCAGUCAAAGCAGGUGACAUUGAUGCCAAAACUCGGCGGCGGAUCUUUGAUGCCGUUGGCUUCACCUUCCCCAACCGUCUCCUGACCAGCAAGGAGGCACCGGAUGGGUGCCCCGACCACGUUCUCCGGGCCCUGGGCGUGGCCCUGCUGGCUUGUUUCUGCAGUGACCCUGAACUAGCCACCCAUCCCCAGGUCCUGAACAAGAUCCCUAUCCUUAGCACCUUCCUCACAGCCCGGGGAGACCCCGAUGACGCUGCCCGCCGCUCCAUGAUCGAUGAUACCUACCAGUGCCUAACAGCUGUAGCAGGCACGCCUCGAGGGCCCCGGCACCUCAUUGCCGGUGGCACAGUGUCUGCCCUGUGUCAGGCAUACCUGGGGCAUGGCUAUGGCUUUGACCAGGCCCUGGCACUCCUCGUGGGGCUCCUGGCUGCUGCUGAGACACAGUGCUGGAAGGAGGCGGAGCCUGACUUGCUGGCAGUAUUGCGGGGCCUCAGUGAGGAUUUCCAGAAAGCCGAGGAUGCCAGCAAGUUCGAGCUCUGCCAGCUGCUGCCCCUUUUUCUGCCCCCAACAACCGUGCCCUCCGAAUGCCUCCGGGAUCUGCAGGCCGGGCUGGCACGCAUCCUGGGAAGCAAGCUGAGCUCCUGGCAGCGCAACCCUGCACUGAAGCUGGCAGCCCGCCUGGCGCACGCCUGCGGCUCCGACUGGAUCCCAGUGGGCAGCUCUGGGAGCAAGUUUCUUGCUCUACUGGUGAAUCUGGCAUGCGUAGAGGUCCGGCUGGCUCUGGAGGAGACAGGCACAGAGGUGAAAGAGGAUGUGGUGACAGCCUGCUAUGCCCUCAUGGAGUUGGGAAUCCAGGAAUGCACGCGCUGUGAGCAGUCCCUGCUUAAGGAGCCACAGAAGGUGCAGCUCGUGAGCAUCAUGAAGGAGGCUAUUGGAGCUGUCAUACACUACCUGCUGCAGGUGGGGCCGGAGAAGCAGAAGGAGCCCUUUGUGUUUGCCUCGGUGCGGAUCCUGGGUGCCUGGCUGGCGGAGGAGACCUCGUCCCUGCGUAAGGAGGUGUGCCAGCUUCUGCCCUUCCUUGUCCGCUAUGCCAAGACCCUCUACGAGGAAGCCGAGGAAGCCAAUGACCUUUCGCAGCAGGUGGCCAACUUGGCCAUCUCCCCCACCACCCCAGGGCCCACCUGGCCAGGGGAUGCUCUCCGGCUCCUUCUGCCUGGCUGGUGCCACCUGACAGUCGAAGAUGGGCCCCGAGAGAUCCUGAUCAAGGAAGGGGCCCCCUCCCUUCUGUGCAAAUACUUCCUGCAACAGUGGGAGCUCACAUCCCCCGGCCAUGACACCUCAGUUCUGCCUGACAGUGUGGAGAUUGGUCUGCAAACCUGCUGCCACAUCUUUCUCAACCUCGUGGUCACUGCACCAGGGCUGAUCAAACGUGAUGCCUGCUUCACAUCUCUCAUGAACACCCUAAUGACGUCGCUGCCUGCACUAGUGCAGCAACAAGGGCGGCUGCUGCUGGCUGCCAACGUGGCCACCCUGGGCCUCCUCAUGGCCCGGCUCCUUAGCACUUCUCCAGCUCUUCAAGGAACCCCAGCAUCCCGAGGUUUUUUUGCAGCUGCCAUCCUCUUCCUGUCCCAGUCCCAUGUGGCUCGGGCCACACCUGGCUCAGACCAGGCUGUGUUGGCCCUGUCCCCUGACUAUGAGGGCAUCUGGGCUGACCUGCAGGAGCUCUGGUUCCUUGGCAUGCAAGCCUUCACAGGCUGCGUGCCCCUGCUGCCCUGGCUGGCCCCUGCUGCUCUGCGUUCCCGCUGGCCACAGGAGCUGCUCCAGCUGCUAGGCAGUGUCAGCCCCAACUCUGUCAAGCCUGAGAUGGUGGCCGCUUAUCAGGGCGUCCUAGUGGAGUUGGCACGGGCCAACCGGCUGUGCCGGGAAGCCAUGAGGCUGCAGGCAGGCGAGGAGACAGCCAGCCACUACCGCAUGGCUGCCUUGGAGCAGUGUCUGUCAGAGCCCUGAGGGGCAUCGACUGGGGACAGACCCGGGGGCGGGUAGCGAGGGAAGGAGGGAGGAGGCAUCUUCCCUGAAGCCCCCAACUGGACCCCCCUCCCCAGACUUUCCCCCCCAAACACCCCAGCUUUCUGGCUUUUCGGAGGGCAAAGGGCAUGGUGCCCACCCCUCAGGUGUAAGGAGCUGCGUCCCGCCCCCUGGGCCCCCAUGGGGGCAGGAAUCGGCUUGGAAACGAUGAGGUUGUCCCCGCCAGGCCGGGGAAGGUUGGAGCAGCCCCCAGGGAGGGGGCACUAGGUAUCAUUGUGCUCAAUGUCUGGCUUCUCACAGGAGGGAGGUCCCAGGGUAGGCCAGGGCUGGCAGGAGCUGACUGGCUUAGCCCAAGUGCCCUGCCGGCCAGGGCGUGGCCUCCCCUAAGCUGCGGUGCCCCUUCUGGCUCCCCAGGUCCACGCCCUUUAAAUUGGCCAUUUGUCUCUUGCCUUUGGGCAGAGAGCAGGCUCAGGCCAUACAUAGCAGUUUCUUCCUUCCAACUUCAGUGACGCAGGGUCUGACCUGCCUUCCAGGGCAACCUGGGGCAGACAGGCCAGUGGGGGGGUGGGUAACCUCCUUCUACCUGAGCUUCCUUGAAGGGAUCCAAGAGUCCUUGGGCCCGGGUCUCAAGCUUUUGUGUCAUGUUGCAGCAGAGCGACGAUGGGGGUUGGGGGUUAUUUAUUUUGCUUGUCCUUAUCCCCUGCUUGGAUUCCUGAGCAUCUGAUCCCUGUCCCCCCUGGUGCCAUUUGGUCUGGCUGGAGCCAGGAACAGGAGGGACAUCUCCCCAGAGUCUGCAUGUUUCCCCAGUGAUUGCACCCUAUUGCCAACGUGGUGCCUGGCUUCAGCUCCCACCCCUCCUAUGACUCCUCUCUGCAGAGACGCGACUGGCGGCUCCAGCAGGGAAUGUCUUUAUUAUGAACCCGGGGUGGGGGAUGUCCCCCCCCAUACCUGAUCCUUUACUUUUCCCCACCCGACCACCCCCGCCGGUGCGUUCUGUGAUCACCAAGUUCAAAGCUGUGCACAUGUGAACACUCAAUAAAUGUUCAUGGAUGACAAGAGCC